AUGCACUCUCCAUUUGCUCUGUCCAAACACCCGACGACAUUGAGCAUGCACAGAAAUCCAAGAAGAGCUCAGCCGGACAUGGCUCGGUGCCUCUGCAAAGUGUAUACUACUAAUCACAUGUACGCAUAUGUGCAUCUUGCAGACUCAUCACAUACUCCGAGCGUGUCGUCAUUGGCACGACGAGAUCAUGCCACUCGAUCCAGGGAAAAUUACACAUAUUGCCAGACAAGCAAGACGCCGACGUUGAUGACAUGCACACCAGCACGCUUCUGA